GAUAACAAAUAUCUCCUUUUUUCAAAAUAUAUCGAAAUGGAUGUUAUUUUGAAGAGUACAAUUAAUCUAAUUUUCUUGUGUAAACCAUUUUCAAUUACGAAUUAAACCGAAAGAGAAUUCAAAUUAAAUUGAGAAAAAAGUUAUUUGCCAUAUUUAACUUAAAGCACCGUAUCUAUUCCCUCCCUGUAGUCUAAGGAGGCAAUUUAAAGUUUGGUUUUAAAAGGAAACCCAAUCAAACGUACUAUAUAAUAUUUAUUUAAACAUAUUUCCUUAUUUUGGGCAAUUGUAUUUUCCAUAUAUUUGUUUAUUAAAAGGGAAAACAAUAAGUUCAUUAUCUAAUAUUUAUUUAAGCAUAUUCAUUCUUUCAUGUAAUUAAAAAGUUUCCUUAUAUGUAUGUAUUUUCAGAUUUGAUUUUCUUAUUGAUUAACCGAAUGAGGUCAUGGCUCUGUCUCUAUAUAUACCGGAUUAGUUCUUUCGUUUAAAAGUCACAACCAGGAAAGAAAUAAAAAAAAGAAGAGUUGAGAUAACAACACAUUUUAUGUGACAGGAAAUACAAUAUGGCUUCAACAAGUCUGCUAAGAAGUGUUGUUCAUGUCAUUUGUGCUUUCUUGGCCAUUGAAGUUGUGUUUAGUGGUAUUUGCAGUGCUACGAGAGAAGUUCCAACUGAAGAUAUCAUCUAACCGUCACAUGUGACCCACCCAAUAUCUCCUGCGCUCGGUUAUGGAAUCCUUAGUGAAUGUUGUAAAUACAAUAUUCAAUUAUGUUGCGACUGGAAACACGGCCAUGGCAACUGACCGGCCUUUAAACUAGAUAAAUAAGCAGUUUCCUUCAUAUCUCAUAUAUGGUCACUUAUCUAAGGAAUAAAUAAAGUUGCAUUUUGCUCUAUUAAUCGUUUCCUUGUUAAUUCUCACCUUUUCUCCCUUCAGUUUUAUUUUUCAUAAAGUUACUAAUGUUUGGAAUAUUCCCUAAAUAAAAAUGCUUUCCGCAUAGUGCCAACUAGCUAGGUUUGAUAAUCAGUAAUCGGUUAUCCAGCUAAUCAAUAAAUUAAACCAAGCGAACCUAUUAUUUGGCUAAACAAUAACCGUUAAGCAUGCAUUUAGUGUCAGUUUCAUUUAUUGGUUUGGAGGGUUUUGGCUGAAUGAUAAUUUUCACUUCGACGGUGAAAUUGACAACUAAUCUGUCGACGCCCAGCAACAUAAAAGCAUGUCGCACUCUAUCCCUUUCCUCCCAAAGAGUCGAAAUGACCUAUUAUAUUCUAUGUUUCUCCCUCUCAGAUCUCAAUUAUCAUCACAUCAACCAUGAACAAUAAAGAAACCAGAUCUCCCAACCUCACCGCCUUGCCAUCCUUAUCCUCGAUCACCGACCCUUCUUCCACAUCCUCUAUGCUAGCCACUUCCCGCUUGACCUUCCUCUUUUUGUCGCUGAACCGUGUGUUCACGUUAUUAAUCUUAGUUGUCUUUGCCUACUAGCUAUAUGCUUUGAAAAAAAUACUAAACCUUGUCUAUCGAAAUAGUAAUAUGUUUGUCGCCGCUCCCCUUCGUCAACCAUUUUCUUGCGUCGUCCCCCUUUUGGUCCUCGACACCAAUUCGAGCCUAAUUAUACAUAUUUACACUCUUUUUUUUAAUAGCUUGACUUUUGUUACAUCGUCCUUGAGGUUGUUUUAUGCGAGCUUGUGCAUGUUUGAGUGUGUUUUAGGUCCUGAAAGUUGAACUUGGUAAAAGGAAAAAGAGUAUGACAAAAGGGAUCCAAAAUGAGAUAAAAUGGAGAAAAGUAUCAAAGCUCACGGUCCAUUACAUUUUCUCAUGGCUAGGUCUUAACAUCUACAUCAAAACCGUGAGAAAUGCAGGAGUUCAAAGACGUUGAUGGCGUCUCGCAGCCAUGUGCAAAUGUCACGGUUUGCCAACCAUGACAUCAACACUAAAAUUGUAGGAUUGUAGAGUUCAAGGAGCCUGAAGACAUCUAGCUGAUGCUUUCAAAUCUCAACACCUUAGACUGUGAGAAUUACAUCUAUCCGUGAAGAUUGUAUGUAAAACAGUGCGUGUUCAGUUGACCUCAUGGUUUGGCAGCAAACCUCACGGCCGUGACGAGAAACCAUGAACUUUGCACUUACUGGCUAUGAAUGCAAUCAAAAUCGAGCUUUAAAAUUUAAAAACUUAACGUUUUACACUUCUAGGUCACCAAAACUCUUCUACGUAGAAUCACUAUUUUCCUUACAAUUGUAGUCAAAAUCUAUGCUUUAAUGCUUAAAAGCUUACAAUUUAUACUUCUAGUUCACCAAAACGCUUCUACAUAGAAUCGUGAUUUUGACUGCAUUGGCUGCUAUAUAAAGGCGAAUAAAUCAUAUUUCAAGGGGAGGAGUCUAGUGUAAGCAAGUGCAUCUGCUGAGUAGAGAGAGAAAGUGACGAAGGAGAUCCCAAGUGUGAUUGGAGCUUCAAAUCACAAUUGGUGUUCAAAUCCAUCUCCUAGGGUUGAAGAUUGAAGUGCAAUAAAAAGAACCCAACCUUCUAGGAUGUUUUCUUCUAUUGAUUUGGUGUAUUUCUCUCUCUCUCUCUCUCUCUCUCAUCAUCAUAAGCUAAAAUUUUAUCACUUUCGUAUUAUGGAAUUCUAGUCGUAUAUAUUAGAUUAGAUGAAUUAUGAUUUUCUUGUUUGAUUGACUCUUGAUUAUGUAAAUAUUUUAGGUAUUUCAUGAAUUGUGUUGGGUAUUGAUCAAAUCCUCUCAAUUGUUGCUAUUUUCCUAAGGUAGGAAAUAUCCAAUUAGCUAGGUUAAUUAGAGCAUCUACCUAAUUCUUCAUAUUCGGUCAAUGGAUCGAGUGUGAAAUCGGGCUUCAAUGUCAUAUUGGAUCGAAUUCCAAUAGAGAGAAUCCAUUUGGCACGCCCUAUACGUUCUAUUUCAUCAGAAGUGCAAAACUCUCCCUCCGGAUAGUUCAUUCUAUGCGAAGUUGAGUAUUUCGAAAGGGAGCUCAACUGGGAAUAUGAUUCUCCGUGGUAUAAAUCAUGAGUUGACAAACUUUGAGCAUCAUUCGUCGGUUUAUUUCACAACUAGAGGGAUACAACACCUGAUUGACUUUCUCACUAUAGUUUUUAACCAAAUUGUCUUUGCUUUGUUUUCGCAGUUGUUUAGUUAACUCAAACCUUGAUUUACUAGAAUAACAAGGUAGUCCGCAAAGUAAUAGUAUAUUUGAUGCCUGAUUUGAUAAUUAAACUUCAAUCCGCUAUAUUGCACCCGAUCGUAGUUGCACUUGGUUCCUAUUGGGAUAGUAGUCACAGUAGGAAUGAGUCAAGUUUUGGUUCCGUUGCGGGGGACCAUGGCAAGUUAUUAGGAGAAGUGGACUAUUUGUUACUCUAGUUUUGUUUUAUGUUGUUUUGUGUUAGGUGUUUUUUUGUUGAGUUGUUGCACAAGUAUAUGACCCAAAGCAACCCGGAAGACUUGCACCCGAUCAACAACAACACCAACUAGACCAUGGGCUUCUUAUAAGGGAAAGAGAACUAAGAAAGGUUCAGGAGAGGUUAUUCAUUCGCAAACUCUUGGGUCAAGAAGAAGUUGAAGUUGAGAUUGAAGUUGAUACCAUGGCGGAAGAGAAUCAAGUUCACAAUUAAGUGAACAGUCAAGGUAACGAUGAGGAAUCAUCUAUAAUGACAAUGGGGUACUACUUCACACCACGCGGAUCAAUGACAUCAAACUGAGCACCCAACACCCUCACAUUGUUGCCAACAACUUUCAAAAUCAAGACGAGCCUUAUCUUUAUGAUCCAGAACAACUAGUUAAACGAUCUCAGCCACAUGGCUCCAAGAGACCACAUCAAUCGGUUCUUGGAACUCAUGGAUGGGAUUAAUAUGAAUGGAGUACAUCCGGAGGAGAUUCGUCUAAGGUUUUUUCUAUUCAUUGAGUAGAAGAGACAAGCAAACUCCUUUGUCCAUCACUUCUUGGGAAGAUCUCAUGGGAAAGUUCAUGGCAAGGUACUGUCCACCAUCAACGACCGUCAAGCUUCAAACAUCAAUCACCCACUUUGUUCAAGAAUAUGAUGAGACACUUCGAAACGCCUGGGAAAGAUACACGAGCUUAUUUCUCCAAUGUCUCCAUCAUGGAUUUGACGACCAUUUUAAGGCCAGGACUUCUGGAAUGGGUUAUUAUAAGAAGACUGUAUGCUUAUAGAAUCCUUCUCUUAAGGAGACAAGCUUAACAAGAUUCAUCCUCAAAUUACUCAACUCUUUGAGGAGAUUGCGAGUUGCGGCUAUGAUGGGGGUAUCACACGAAGAGGUCAAAUUUCAAAGGAAAAUGGCACUCAUGUGGUUGAAUCCCAGAGUUCGAUUGAUGCAAAGACCGUUGAUUUGAUCAAGAUUAUAAAGCAUUAUGACAAUGCCUCGAGUAGCCGGCCUAAAGCUCAAGUGCACUUUUGAGAGUGGUGCCAAAGUCUGAAUCAUGAUAUGGAAGAAUUACAAGCGAUGUUGGAUGCAGAUGCAUCCCAAGAUCAAGUAGAAUUCAUUACCAAUGCUAGGGGAUGUAAUAAUCCCUAUAACAACACCUACAACCCGGGAUGGCGUAAACAUCCCAAAUUAUCUUGGGAAUCUUUUUCCGACCAAAGACCUCUCGAUUUCGAAUUCUUCCAACCAAAGUCCUCCCGGUAUUGAUCAAAGUUCAAGGGAAAAUGAACUAAUGUGGUCGAAUCUUGAAGUUCACUUGAGGCAAAAAUCAGUGAUUUGAUCAAGACUAUAGUGCAUGCCGAAAACUCCUUGAGUAGUGACCUAAAGCUCAAGUGCACCUUUGUGAUUGGUGCCAAAGUACAAAUCAUGUUGUGGAAGAAUUCCAAGCAAUAUUGGAGGCGAAUGCACCCCAAUGGCAAGUAUAUUUCAUCUCCAUUUCUAGGGGAUAUAAUAAUCCCUAUAGCAACACCUAUAGCCAGGGGGCGGCGUCAACAUCCCAACUUAUAUUAGGCAUCUUCUUCGAACCAAAGACCUCCUGAUUUCCAAGCGCCAAUGGGAGAAUUUAAACUACAAAGAAAGGACACCAUUUCAAGAAAGGCCUCUUAGCAACCCCAAAACUUCCAAACUUAAACUCUUCUACCACAACGCGGACAAGGCUUCCAACAAAAACUUCCACAACCGGACAUGCUUGCAAAGCUCGAAGACCUUGUCAACGCCUUUGUGACUACAAGCACAAAGAAGUUUGAUAGGAUUGACAAGUUUAUGGAGGUUUCAACAACAAAGUUCGCAUCUCUUAAGAUGGGUUUGAGGAACCACCAAAUAUGUAUUAAAAUCAAGAACUUAGUCGAGAUCGUCACCAAAAGACCACAAAGGGCACUCCCACCACAAAUAGUAUCCAAUCCCAAGGAUCCAAGGGUUGGAUUGCCUGCAAUCUCAUUUUGAAGCGUCAAGGUGACCUAAGAUGUCCCCCCCCCCCCCCCCACCUAAGAAGAUAGUUGAGGUGAAGAUCCCUCCACCGGUCUAAGAACAAGCUGAGCCUGAGAAAGACAAAGAUGUCGAGGUUAUGAAGGUAGUGCCGACGCCACCACCAGUGGCUUAGUACAAGCCUCCACUUCCUUUUCCUACGCGAAUGAACAAAAAAAUUCUCAAGGUUCAGCUUGGCAAUUUCAUGGAGGUUCUCAAAAAGUUGAAUGUGCCAGUGUCCUUCUUGGAUGCUUUGGAUCAAAUGCUGAAAUUCGAAGUUUUUUAAAGAAGUGUUGAAGAAGAAAAGGAGGCUCGCCAACAUUGACAUGGUGGAGAUUCGAGGCGAAUGCUCCACCAUCAUCCUGAACAAUCAUCCUCGGAAACAACAAGAUCUGGGUAGCUUCACUAUACCUUGACAAAUUGGAUCACUGCAUGUAGAGAAGUCAUUGGCAUACUUAGAAGCAAUCAUCAACGUUAAGCCAUAUAAUGUUUAUCUCAAGCUAUUUCUACAUGAACUAAAGAGUACAAAAAUUAUUGUGCAUCUAGUUGAUAGAUCUAUGUUUGAACCUAAGCAUAGUGGAGGAUCUCCUAGUACAAAUGGGAAAGUUCUACUUCCAUAAGGACUUUGUGAUCCUCGAUAUCAACGAGGAAAUUGAAGUCCCACUAAUACUAAGACGACACUUCCUCCCUACUACCAAGGCUCAUAUAAAUGUGAACAAGGGAACAUUGAUAGUGAUGAGCGUAUCACCUUCUCCGUGGCUAAUAAGAUUAAUGAUGUACCGUUGAAUGGAAAAGUUGAUAAGGGAAAUAUGAAGGAUAAACCUAAGCCCUCAAAGGGCAAGUCCACCUUGGUCAAAUGUUGUGACCCGUAAGGUGGAAAAAUCUUGAGUGCAUGUUUCAUGUGAUGUCGUGCAUGUUAAGGCUUCUCCCAUGAUGGGAAAGACUAUGACCAAACGGGAGUGGAGACCAAAGAUGUUGAUUUCAAAGAUGCCCCAUGGAAGGGCAAAAGGAAAAGAGAAUGAAAGAUGGACAAAAUGACGGCGAGUUGAAAUAUGGAAAAGUAACGACAUGGCCUUUGGAGUGUGGUGGAUCCACUCCUAGAGGAAUCUUUCUCAAAGCCAAAAUGAGAUCCCCCAGGGACGAGUCAAUAGGGAUCAAAGUUGACCAGUGACGGAGCCAGAAUUCUCGACUAGGGGGGGGGGCGAAUUUUUUUUCCAACAUAGUGGUAAGAAAAGUUUAUGAGAGAAUGUUAAUUACAUACAAAGAGUUCAAUUUUUUUUUUUAAUAUACGCCCUUAAAAUUGUGUCAAAAUUAAAAAAGUAAUGAGUUAUCUCUUCUAAAAUCACAAUAAAAGAACCAUGUGUUUCAUACAUCAUAUAUUUACCAAUUCAUAAUUCACACAUUCAAAUACAAUCCAAUAGUAAAAUAAGGUAGUCGAGAUUUAGCCAUACAUAAACAUGAAGAUGAUAAAAAAAUUUCUAAUUAAUACGAAGACACCUAUAAAAAAUCGACAAAAAAGACUAAUGAUGCAGGUAAAAUUCAUAUUAACUAAAAUAAACUUACAUCU